UUGUACGUAUGCCGAGGCUGCCGCUCAGAAUAUCGUCCACCUUACCAAAAGUUCACGCACAACAAGGCGAUAGACGCAGCACGCAACCAUGUCCGCGUCGCCCCUUACACUCGUCGUGCGCCCCCGUGGCCGCCCGAUCAAGAAUCUCCCCGAGACCAUCACCGUCCCGUCUGAUGCCACCGCCUCUCAAAUCUUUGAGGAAAUCGCAAAGGCCUCGAGGUUCUCGAUCCACCGAUUGAGGGUUACUAAGGGCAGCGACGGAUCGCCAAUCAACAAUGUGCGGGAUGUCACGGUCCACGACACUGGCCUGAGGAACAAGAGUGCUGUAGAUGUCAAGGAUCUUGGCCCCCAGAUCUCAUGGCGAACCGUCUUCAUCGUCGAAUACCUCGGACCUCUCCUCAUCCACCCGCUCAUCUACUUCGGCCGCUCCCUCAUCUAUGGCACCUCGGCGCCUCCAUCGCAGCUCCAGAAGCUUACCUUCCUCAUGUGCGUUGCCCAUUUUGCAAAGCGCGAGUUCGAGACCCUCUUCGUCCACCGCUUCUCGUCGGCCACGAUGCCCAUCAUGAACAUCUUCAAGAACAGCGGCUACUACUGGGUUCUCUCGGGCUUCAACUUGGCAUACUGGAGCUAUGGCCCUAACAGCCCGGCUGCUAAGCCUUCGAAUCCGCUCUUGACAUAUCUCGGCGUCGCCCUGUUCGCAAUCGGCGAGGUCUGCAACUACAGCACACAUUUGACUCUCAAGAACCUGCGCCGUCCAGGCAGCACGGAGCGCGGUAUCCCUAGAGGUCUCGGCUUUGAUCUAGUCACAUGCCCCAACUACAUGUUCGAAGCAAUGGCUUGGAUCGGUGUGGCACUUGUCAACUGGAGCUUGAGCACCGUCAUUUUCAUCAUCGUGGCUGUCGGACAGAUGGGAGUUUGGGCCUGGAAGAAGGAGAAGCGCUAUCGCAAGGAGUUUGGCGACAAGUAUAAGCGCAAGAGGUACGCCAUCCUGCCAGGCAUCUGGUAGAUUGACGCAUCAGGCGAUGGGUACCGGUUCAUUGAGGAGGCUGCACUUGGCAGGUGCAUGGUGCUAGUAGGGCCCAGAGGCUUUGCGCGCAUGGGGAAUGCGAGAAGAGAACCAAUUGAAGACAAAGAACAACAUAUGAGUAACAACAGGAGCCGCUAAGGCUGCGGCGAGGCGGACUGGUAGAACUACAAGACGUAGGCCGUCACACCCACUCAAAACGGUGACACCUCCGCAGGUACCCGUAGCUAAUGCGCCGAUGCCUCUGG